AUGCGCACUGUUUCCAGUCUCUUGGUAAUCAUUGCGGCUCCUGGGUGGCUCGCGAACUGGGCCCAUACUAUGAAACCCUUCAGAGAGUGCCGCGUACAAUUUGUGUCGGACGCAUUUGCUUUCGUUGCUGAUUGUCAGUGUGUUUUGUUGUCCAGAUCUCCUGGGAUGUGCUUGUCAACAUGGGCCAUGAGGAACUUAAAGAGAUUGGAAUCCACGCGUUUGGUCACAGACACAAAAUUCUCAAGGCAGUUAAAGAAAAACUCUCUGGCUUACCACAACUGGGUAAGUGAAUUUUCUGAACGAACUUAUAGAGGUUGUCGGAUAAAAAGCCAUGAGCUUAAUUAAAGAGUUUUUUUCCCCUUUUAAAUCCGCAAACUAAAACCAGCCGACCCAAAGAGUACGAAGCGACAAAAGCGCCAAAGAGCAUGUAGACAAGUCCCGUGUGGCUUAGGUUCUGCUUCUGAUUGGUUAAAACACGAUUGUGGUAGCCAUUGGCUGAGUUGAAAUUUAGGAACAUGUGCGGUCACAAACGGACUUGCGUGGACAUAGGCUGUUUCUAUAAUGUUCAUCGUUGUUGUUAUCUUUUGUUUUGUUCUGUUUCAGGUGGCGGGCCUUUCACUUAUUCAAGCCAACAAGAAACAGUUGUUCAUGACUUACCUACGGACGACAAGGACUACAUUUCUGUUGCAGAGGAGGUGAGCUAAUUUCUUCUUAAUCAAUCUGUCUCCUAAAAAAUAACUGCCAUUGUUUUAACCUCCUGAACCGAUUCGUAGAAAUAUAGCUUACACUGCAUCUCCAUAGUAACUGUGUGGGGGAGGGGAUAAGGUUGGGCUUUUCACCCCCUCCCCGUCAUGUUUUUGUAACCGUCUGCUACGCUGGCUAGAAUUCCGCAGACUUUUAAUGUUCUUCGUGUGACGCUUAAGCUAAUUAAUCUCCUCCAAAAUACAAAACUGUAGAAAUUCUUCACAUCGUAUGUCCACUUGAGAACUUAUGAUAUUUACGUAUAUUGUUUUCAGAUGCAGAGUACUGUUGUGAAACACAAGAAAGAUGGCGGCCAAUCCGGUGGAGUCUUCAACUCCUACAUAAUUGUCAGGGUUAGUAGUUUUGUAUACAUAGUUUACAGCCUUAUAGUUUUGAUUCGUUGAACUAAACUCUCCUAAAACAAAUAAUAGUCAUCGGAUAUUCACGCCGUCGAUUUUUAUCGCAUCAUUUAUCAGACGAACGCGCGAACCAGACGCGAAUGUCAAUACAGACCUCGAAAGGGUGGGGCGCGGAAUCAUUCGCGCACCUCCUAUACACCCAAAUCUUCUUUUUGGAUAGAGGAUGUAAGUUGAGAGGAUUUAAAACCAAAGAGUUUAGCCUAUCUUGUUCAACUUUUUGUCGUUUUCCAAUCACUGUCAGUGCACUUGAAAAGUGAUUGGUUACGACAUAAGAUCAUUAUGUGUUCUAUUGUUUAUUUGGCUUUUGACCGUAAUACAAACACUUGGUGACAUAGUGGCCUGGAUGUUACGAGAAAACAGCAAGUCCAUUUUCUCCUUUCUUCAACCUCUGUUUCCUUCUGUUUUAGAUUCAGCGGGUCAUAAACAAAAGACUCUGGGAUAAGUACGUUUACAGAAGAAGAGAGGUAAGAGUUUGUUUUUCAUUGGGUAGUUUAAUCUCCCUUGCACGUAUUUACCUGCACGUGUGGGUUAUCUUCUGCCAAAUAAACGAAGAUAGACGCAAUGUUUAUCUCUCGAUUCACUCUUUGUAGGUUGCAGAGGCUAAUCACAACCACAGUAAUGAGAGAAUGUUAUUUCACGGUAUGUGAUUACUUUGCAGUAGUUUGUUGAUAACAGUCACUUUUUUUUUCUAAAGUUAAGAGUAAAUCAUCAUCAAACUGUUCUUACUUUUCUUUUAGGUUCGGCAUUCAUCAACGCUAUUCUACAAAAGGGAUUCGAUGAACGUCAUGCUUAUAUUGGAGGGAUGUUUGGAGCAGGUGAAAAUGUUUUAUCGAAACAACAACACGUUUAUGGCAUUAAGCAUUUCAAACCUUCAGUGAGGCAGUCGUGAAAAUAAAUAAAAAGAUAAAAGUAUUAAACGUGCCCAAAACUUACCCUUUUGUUUUGCUAUAGGCUCUUUUUCUUCAGUCAAUUUUUCUUGCAACUUGUCUUGAAAUUUUAAUGCGCCGCUGCGAUAAAAGUUCCCCAAGAACGCGUCGCUUAAUAUAUUACUCCCUGAAAUAACCAAGUCUUGCGACCUUUGCGUUGGACCAAGCCUUUGGAAAAGUUAGAAUUGUUUCUCCUUCGUGCGAUGCUUGCUUUAACAAACAUUUUUCGAGACACGUUCAUUCAGCGAGGUGUUACAAUGGGCAACACAACCUUAUUGCUAAAAAAACUGCGAGACGAAUUGCAGAGAUUUUGAGAAGAACUAACAAUGUCAUUUGUGCAGGUAUUUACUUUGCGGAGGACUCUUCGAAGAGCAAUCAGUAUGUUUAUGGUAUUGGUGGUGGAUCAGGCUGCGCUCUACACAAGGACAAGUCCUGUUACUUAUGCGAAAGGUAACAGCUCAAGUUAUUUAAAGGAUAUUUUUAAUAGAGAAGUAUAACCUGAACUUAAGAGGUAUUUUGCGGAACGUAGUAUUUUUCAGCUAAACCAACUGCGCAAAAGAGCGCCAAGCCUGCGGGAAAGCUCUCCAUUAAAAAUUCGCGCAAGCAACGAGCGUAAGGGGAAUCUUCCCUCGCGGGCUCGCUUGCUUGAAAUGGAGAGGUUGUCUGCUGGCUUAAGGGUGCUCGAUUUUCCCCUUUCCUCCGGCUAUUGAGUUUCGAACAUUCCGCAACGUAGGCUACUGUCAGUGUCUAAAAGCAUUGGCAGGUUUGGGAGAAUUAAGAUUUUGAUCAAGGGGGCUGGGGUAUUUAGCAGAUUCUUUUCAAUUCAUUACUAGCUCCUUUUACGAGUCAUCAUUUUUUUAUUAUACCGAGAUAACCGGGGCGAAUUAUGGUACUCGCUCACAACCAAAAAAGACAUCUUGCAUUAGAUAACAUUUCCUGAAUUGUAAAAUGAAAAUAUUUCAUUAUUCGCUUUACUCAAGGUUUUCCUUAAUUAAUUACAACACUGAUUGGGACACUUAAGCCACACUUCUUUUGGCGCAAUUUAUUAAGUAAUUAAUAAUUAAUACUUUAUAUGAAUGCCACCGGCCUGAUGUGAAUUUGAAUCCAAUGGAAGUUUUCAUUCUAGUUCUUAUCUAAUCAGCGCGAUGUUUGUUAUCUGACAGGCAACUUCUUUUAUGUCGUGUGGCCCUUGGCAAGCCAUUUUACCAGUUUUCAGCCAGCAAGAUGGCGCACACCCCUCCUGGUCAUCAUUCAGUUAUGGGACGUCCCGCUCAGAAGGGCUGUCGUUGGCCGAAUAUGUUGUGUAUAGAGGGGAACAGGUAUGUCUUGCUUUUUAGAGCUGUUUUUUCUUUUCUCGUUGCACUUGUGGUUAGUAGCGACCUUCAAAUUUGACUACUUCCCCAACUGAUUAUAUCGGGUGCGACUUUGCUCAACAUUUUUUUAGCCAGAUUGACAAAAGCUAAAUUAUGUGCAACAGAAUCUUCAUACCGUCCAACCCCUGCACCAUGAGGUUUUCUAAUUUGUGAACGUAUCAAAGUCCGCGUUUUUCCUGAGAAAUUCGUAAUUUCCUUUAUUUUUGAGAUUUUCAGUGUUGUCCGCGGGGAACAGGCGCUCCACUGACUUAAAGCAUAGAUAUUUUGAGCGACACACCUGAACCGGAGGUGAGGCCUUUACCCUUUUAAUACCGUAAAAUUCCGAAAAAAAGCCCCUCCAUGUAUAAGCCCCUCCAAAUAUAUGCUCCCCAGACCGGUAUCACAAAAAACCCUCCCUUAAAUGGCCCCUCCAAAAAUACCCCCCCCCCCCCCCGGGGGGAGCUUGUACUCGGAAAUUGCUCUCAAAUACAAAGUAAAACAAAGCAAAAACGGUACAUUUCCAUCCACCUAUAAAGCUUACAAUCGUUUUGAAACGCACAUUUCCCUCCGUAGAUAACCCCUCCGAAUAUAAGCCCCUCCAAAAAUAAGCCCCUCAAAAAGGGCCUUUGAAAAGUAUAAGCCCCGGGGCUUAUUUUCGGAAUUUUACGGUAUGCCUUGACACUAGCAAAUAGGGACGAUCUGCCUUUAAAUUGGGCAAAACCACCGUCCAAGAGUGCAAAAAGUCCGGCUCGGUUGACCUUGUUGAUUUGUGCUAUUCAAAAAAUACAGAUUUGGUUAUGAUAAUAUGAUGCCAGUGUCUUUUUAAAAAACUGUAUGUGCCAUUUGGUUAAUUAUCUCAUGACGCACUUCGUCCUUGUUUCCUUUGUUGUUUACAGGCGUAUCCAGAAUACCUGA